UAGCCGUUAAACUCCGACCCGGAAGUACAUGCGCAUCCACAAACAUAACAUGCUUGUUAUGAACGCCAUAAUAGGAAACAGUAUAAAAAUGUCGCUGUUUUGGGACAAAUUAUGAGUAAAAGAAGAUCAGGAAGACUGCUGUAAACAAUCUCUGGGUGUGCAAGAAUGUCAGGGAUUAUGCUGAACCUGGUUUGUGAGCCCAGUCAAGGAGGCAAAUCAAAUAAAUCCAGAAGAAAUUCCAAGCAUGAACGUUUCCUUGGAAGGAGACAUUACUUGGAACACAAGGGUUUGUUGAAAGAGAAACAAAAUAAAAAGGGUAACAAAAGGAACAAGCAGAAAAAUAAAAACAAGUCAGGAAACGCAAAGCUUGAUCAAUCAAAACCAGGUGCUAUUUUUCCUAAAUUUACCUCUCAUCUGCCUAAUAAGACCAACGAGCCUUCUAGUUCUUCACAGACAUUUUCCAAGAAUUCCACGCUUGCAUUUCCAUCCACUGCCUCCACAUCUCAGAGGCAUCCAAGACCCCAAGCGGCACCCCGCAGUCUCGGAUCUUUAAAAUAUGUAGCGUUAGACUGUGAGAUGGUGGGCACAGGACCGAAGGGGUUUCGUAAUGAACUUGCUCGCUGCAGUAUCGUCAACUACGAGGGUGAUGUGAUAUAUGAUAAAUAUAUCAAACCCAUCAAUCCUGUGACGGAUUUCCGCACUUGCUGGAGUGGAAUCAGGCGGCAGGACCUACUCCAUGCCAUACCCUUUGAUCAGGCACAGAAAGAGAUUUUGAAGAUAAUAACAGGGAAAGUGGUUGUGGGCCAUGCCAUUAAUAAUGACUUCAAGGCCUUAAAAUAUUUCCAUCCUGUUUGCCAAACACGAGAUACGGCGCGGAUUCCACUGCUAAACGAGAAAGCUGGACUGCCUGUGAAAGAAAUGCCGUCUCUGAAGAGGCUCGCUAAGGCUAUUCUCAAAAAGGACAUACAGACAGGGAAGGGAGGCCACUCAUCAGUAGAAGAUGCCAAAGCCACCAUGGAACUGUUCAAAGUAGUGGAAAGCAUGUGGGAGCAAAAACUCUCAGAGCCUUUCAGCUAAAGCAAUGGAUCUAGCUCUGAAUCGAAAAAAUAUAAAAGCUUUUUAAAGAGAGGAUUUUUAAUUCCUGCCUUUUUAUCAGCUAAAUAUAUCUGCUAUGAUUGGUUUUAAAUGCCACCAGGGGGCUCUUCAGAUUCUGAAAAAAAAAGGAUUUUAAGUUAUAUUGGUUUUGUUGGCUGUUUAAUGCAACUACGGUGCAAAUAAUUUGACACUAUGAUAAAAUGUCCACGUGAUGCCUUGAGUUCUGUUCAGAAUCUUUACAGAAAGUUAAAAAAAGAAAAGAAAAAAAGAGCUUUCCGGCUGUCUGUCGAACAGGACGAGUCAGCAUUCCUCUUCUACUCUGACUUCAACACCACCACAUGAAUUAAAGCUUCUCCUGUAUUUAACUGUCCAAAUGAACAGGGCCUCAACUGCUAUCCUUAAGAUUACAGUCAAAGCUGUUUUCCUUCCAAACCCACUCAAUCAUCAGUCAGUCUGUUUUUAAGAGUCCGGUCGCACCGCUUUGGUGAUGUUUGGGAAGCAGCUGGAUGUUCCUUGCCCACCAGUUUCCCAGCAGUUGAAAAAGCUCACGAUGGACUGGAUUUUAGCCUUAUUUGGCAUUCAUCCUCUUUUGCAGAAAGGUGCUGUCUGACAUACCGUGGAACACAUUCUGAUACUUGUUUUAUGUAGAGUAUACUUACUUUUUGCAACUUUUUUGCAUGAUUAAGUAUUCUUUAAAAUAUGCUGACUCAAUGUAGAUAAUUUAGGCCCACACAUUUAGAAUGGCUUUGAAAAUCUUUAGUGCAGUCCUAAAGGGUUCACUGGUGACUACUGUUAUAUUAUCUAUGAGGUGUGCCUUAUUCUGAAGAGUGGCUGUUUUUGACAUAGUGCCAAAUUUGUCAUUUUUCUUGUUCAUUUCAAGUAUUAUACCAAUGUUAAGAUUUAUUGUGACACCACAUUAAAGUUAUGAUUGCAUCAGA